GUACCGUUCCUUUACUUUAAGAGAGAGAAAAAAGCAAAAAUAUUAUCCCGUGCAAUAUAAAUGCUUCCACUUCACCCUUUAGGGGUUUGAAUAGAAAAAAAAUACUUCAAUAGACUUCGAGUUGAACCAGUCAAUUAUGACAUUCUUCACAACAAGCUGUUAAGUUUCUAACUCUGUCAACCUUUUAAAGCGGAUUUCGAUGGUGAUUGUUUGAGUCGCGUGGACCUGGUCAUUAGGCUUUUCGUCGGACACCUUAAAAGAAUGACCUUUGUGGAACUAUUGGUAGAUCAGACAACAGCACAUAAACUUGGUGUUAUGGUAAUCACCACUUUAAUGACAACUCACAAAUAGUGGACAGCUUGUCAUUAACGGACUCAUUUGAAUUUACCUUGUUGUACACUAUCAAUCGAGUAUAUCUGUGUACAGCAAAGAUAUCCUCUUGAAACAUGUCUAGUGCGUCAUUCCUUGGCUUUCUCAGUAACCUUAUAGCAAAUGGCGAUUUGAAGCUUCUUCAUGAGCGUUUGAUUACACUAUUUGAUGAAAGCUACCGUUAUACUUGUGAAGAAACUACAGCAGUUUGUUGUGAAAUACUCCAAGACAACGCUCGCGUCCAGGCAAAGUUGUUUCGACUUCUUAAUCUGUGCAGCGAGGAGGGAGGAUUGUAUGGCGGCAUCGAGCCCUUGAAAAAGAAACUUCUACCUUGGUUGGCAAGUGCUGGAAGUUUUGGUAAAAGCGAUUCAGAGGAUGUAAAAAACGUAAGGGAAAGAUACGAAAGAACUGUGGUCAUGUUGGAGGAAGAUUUGAAAUCAGCGCAAAGGGAAGUUGCUGAACUUCGCCUGAAGCUGACUGACAGUGAAGAUGAAAUCAAGAGGUUGACUAUGAAGAUUGCAGAUAAAGCCAAAAAUGAUCUUAUGUACAGCCAAUUGGAGAAAAAGCUGACCAGCACCUCUCUUGAUCUUGCUGCAAAAGAAAAAGAAAUGAAAGUGGUGAAAGAAGAAAGCGACCAACUAAAACUCGAGAAUUCGAACCUUCAUUCACGGCUUCAGAAGCAGUUAAUCUUAGAUGCUCAGCCAGAGCCGCUACGUAUCGUCACCAAACCAUUUCUGAACAGCACACCACGCCCUCCGCAUGAACGCGCUGUGAAACUCAUCGAAAGAUUUGCAGAACUGUACGGAAGUGACCGACUUGAACUCAUGGAUGGGUUACGGGGACUGGGUGAAAGAGACACGAACGAACGAUUGGUAUUCUGUAUUGUUGAGGAAUGUUUUAUGGUGUGCAAAGCGGAGCAAAGGCGCAUGCGUAAGAAGGUUCAACAAGCCCUUCAGCCAACCAAUGGCACCGUAAUGGACCAACAGCAGACCGAUGACAUCAUCGAUAGCUACAUGGCAAGAAAUACGGACAACUACGACGUCGAAACUUUGAUUCCGGAAGUCAUUAAAUGUCUUCAUCGCAACCCAACCAUCAAUCAAAACAUCCCCUACAAUGAAAAGAUCAUCGUGCCUUUCCUACGGCAAUGUCUUCAAGUUAUUUGGUCUCUAGUUUCGCUGAAACCACAGAUAGAGAUUGCAAUAGCACUAGAUGGUGAUACUAUUAACGAGACGCGCUACCGCAGGGCUUACAACUCUGAAUUCAGUGCCACCGUUGUACACCACUUUGUUUGGCCAGCGUUGAUGAGAGAAGGAAAGGUUGUUGCUAAAGGAGAAGUUGUAACGCGAAGAAUCAAGGCAACAAAAGUAAGAAAGGAAUAUCAUGGCAGCUCUCGGCCUCAAAGUGCAGAGAUACCAUCAAACUCAUUUGCCAGUAGUUACGACCUUGGUAUCGCCUCAAUGUCGUCAUCGUGGAGUGAAUCAUCAGCAUACAAGCGUUUUACUCCAUAGGUUGAAAAGGAUUUUCAUCAGCUGGAAUGAUGAUCGACAUAGAUGAUAGCAACAUCUUAAUCAUGAUAAAACAGCAUUACUUAGAUGACCCACAGAACAUUUCACGCCUAUAUUUUCUCAUACAACAUUUUGCCCCAUGAAUACGGAAUCAAACAAAAAUUUGGCCCUGGAAUCCUGAAACCAGAAUCAGAAUCCACGGCAAUGGAAAUAUAAUCCAACAAAACAAGACUUCCAAAUUAAUGUUUUGUAAACGAGUCAAGAUUUGCAUUCUGAACCAAUAUUGUGGAAUCUGGAAUCCAGGAAAUGUUGUGCAUUCCUUCUCAUGGGGCAAACUGAUUUUUUGUCAUGGAUGGAUUUGGUCCAACAUCAAAACCUCCAUUUAUAUACUGUAAUAUAUAAUUAUAAUAUAUCCAAUAGCAUUUCUUCUUAUGUGGUCUAGUAUAGCAUGGCUAUAGUAAUUGAUACAAGCACUUAAUGGAAAUGAUAACGUACAAACCUCAUUGGGUAACUCAAAGUCAUAUUUAUUAACAUUUCCUUUUUCUCAUCAGUUUGGUCUAAAGUUCCAAUAUUUAAUCCAAUUGUCAGUUUAUCCAUAAUUAGAACAAAACCGUAAACAAACAUCAAAUGAGUGAAAUAGAAUAACACAAAAAUGUAAAAACAAGUAUUUGUUCAAAACUUGCAAUGAAAUCUUCCUAAUGACACG